AUGACGGCUCGUUGUUUCGACCACCGCGCCAUCAAUUUCGUGGCGACGCGGUGGAUUCUUGCUGACCCCACCUUCUCCCUCCAUCUCUUGCUUCCCCCCUCCCACAGCCAGGGUCUUGUUGGCCAGCAGGCUGACGAGGACACGCCCCAGGCUAGCUCAGAUGAGCCACCGUCACCGCCGAAAGCCACGGAGCCACGCUCGGGGAUUGAUUUUCUUAGAGGUUCCGCUGCUCCAGUAACACCGGAUCCACCUAGGUCUACCGUAGAUGAUUCUGCAGUUAAAGACACGCCCACGGCCACACCUGAAGAGUCUCCCUGGGAGGCCGCCUUCGCUAUACCCCCGGCUGUUGCUUCUUGCAGCAAAGAUCCCCAACCGACCGCGCCAAGUCCCACACCAAGCACCGUUGGUGUGUCCGUUGGUCCUCCGUCGGCUACCUCCACACCGAAGAGAGCGCGUUCAGGGAAGUGGGCGCAGCAUACCCUGCUCGUCGGAGGCCGCCGAAUUUCUGCUUCGAACACUCCGGCUGAUCCACCACCUGCUGCAUCUGCACCGCCAGAGGAAGAUGUGUUCCCGAUCCGCGCGGACACCGGCUCGCCCGCCCUCACCAAGGCGCAGCUGCGGGAGCAGAUGUUCCUGGAGGCCAGCAUCAUAUACGAUACGAGGUGGUCGGGACAGUUCUCCUGGCUUGUGUUGGGAAAAACCAAGGAUGGGUUUCCCUAUGUGAAGUGCAGUGUCUGCAUGGCCUACGGGAAGGAGAACACGAGGGAGGCGCUGGCUGUUAAGGACGCGGCGACGUCCAAUCCCGACCUCGGCAUGGUGGACAAGGUGGUGCGCACCGUGGCGGCAAAACUAGGAGAUUCUUCAGUCUGGAGCCAACGGUUCAAGUACCUGCAGCGUGUGAUCUACAACACUAACCUCGAAGUCCAGGGGAUCCACACGGUUCGCUGGCUCUCACGUGGAGAUGCGGUGCGACGGCUGUGCAAGGUGCUCGGUGCGUGUAUCGUUCUUCUGUGGGAGCGGAGUCACAAGGUGUACGAGAUCGUCACGUGCUACAAGUUCCAGUUUUGCCUGUUCUUCCUCGCCGACAUCCUCGCCGACAUGAACGACCUCAACCGCUGUUUCCAGAAGCGAGAUAUUGAUCUGACGGAGAUUGCGAAGACCAUCGAGGCCACCACGGCGGAUCUGACUGAGCGGUAUUUGGAUACCGACAAGCAGUUCGGUGGCGAGGGCAAGUGCUGGCUGGUCGGCUUUCUGAAGCUGCACGGGCAUGGUGGAGGCAAGAAGGUCCGUGUGAGAGGCGUGGACGGGGAGGGACGCCCAGUGAACCAUCUGUACACCAUGUACGAGCGGAAGCUCCCGGGGCACAAGGUGGGGAGCGGAUACGAGGAGUGCGUGAAGCUGUGCCGCAGUUUCGCCCGCGAUUGCGUGGACAAUCUCAACGAGCGGCUUGAUGACCUGGGGAAGCUGGGGCCGACGAAGCUGUUUCGGGCCGGAAAGUGGCCGAAGAUCAAGGCACAACGGGAGAAGAAGUGCCGUGAGUGGCUUCUGGGAUGCAGCAAACUCUUCCGCCACAAGCUGCCGGGAUUCGACCUCAAGGCCGCAGAGAGGGAGCUUCCCACAUUCUGUGCGAUCAUGGAGGCGCACCACGAGCUGGAAAGCUUCACGCAGGGACUGACCAACAUUCUCGGGAGCGCGGACUCGAAGAGGUAUGUCCCCGUAGUGUGA